AUGGUCAGAGCUCAUAAGGAAGCGGACCUCAGUGGGUCUGAAGCUGCCGGAUUUGAGGCAGAUGGAUUCCGGGAGUCGGAGAACGACAGGAUGUUGAGAGCAGAGAUAGCGGUUGUUGGGUAUAGGUCAGCAUUGACGAUCUUAAGUAAGCUCCUUGUGGUCCGCGAUGGUUUCACUUUGUUAGGCGAUCUUUUCCAAGGACGGAGACGCUUGAAAAGGCAACUCACGGGUAGCAACAGACAAGGUCGCAUGGGAAUAAAGAAGACGGAACCAGACGGAAAUAGCUCUACUAUUGGAUCGACAAUGAAUAAAUGCAAGAUCUACACCUGCAAGGAUUUAGCGGACCAACAGUUCGGGACUGGUGACACCAGGAAUGGGUAA